UGCACAGUAGCCACAAUUAUAAAGGAAAUAAAAGGAUUACAUACUUGUGUACGAAUAUGAUAUCUAUACUAUGUAUGUAAAUUUUCCCCAUUAGUUUUUGAGAGGUUUCAAAACAAGUUAUGGAGAACAAUUAACCGGAAAUUAUUGCAGGCUUAAUACUUUGCAUCUCAACAUGUUGUUCAAGGGUAAUAAUAUGUUCCUUGAAUGAAAUUUGUUUCAAUCAUGAAUAGUUGAUCAAACAAUCAUGGUUGUAAGAAAAUGUCUUUUCGGAGUUUUAAUUUGUUUGUGUUUCUAUUUUGGAAAAGGACAAGUCGUCGUUUCAUUCGAAAUGUUACAGAAUGAGACUUUUUGUGACCUCAAGAACGUGAAUAUUACUUGCGAUAAUAAUGAGAUGAUUGCCAUCGAAUCUCUGAACUUCUAUUAUCAUCCAGAUUGUAACAAUACGUGUUGUAGCUUUAAUUACAGUCAUCAUAAUGUCGGAGCAAACAACAACGAUUUCCAGAAUAUUCGUCGUAAUUGUUCAGGAAAAUCUAGCUGUGCUGAAGACCUAAAUGGAACUCGACAGUUUGGAUCGAUUGGUGAAGAAUUACCUUCCUACGUGGUGCUGAAAUAUUACUGUAUACCUAAAAACAGGACAUCAACAAUUUGCUCUGAUGGAGUGCUGGAGUCAACUGGACAUCCGCUGUACUUAACAAACGAAAAUUAUCCAUCGCUUGCUACUGGCAAUAGCACUUGCUCAUGUUCCAUAGAAGUCAACUCUUGCGCAUCGAAUAUAACUUUGUCCAUGUUUGAUGUAGACUUUAACAACCAUCCAGCGACCUGUGAACAAAGUAUUGAGCUUAAAAAUGGAGCGGAUGAUGUGUUGAAACAGAUUCUUUGCAAUAGUUACAAUAAGAACAACAGUAUAAUGGUCGAACAGAUCACGUCACAUUAUCUGAAGAUAGAUUUUAUUGACAAUUCCUUACAAGACCAAGGUCACUUUUUUGUUGGAUUUGCAGCAUCUGAGGAAAAUGUAUCAUUCAGUCUAAGAUGUCCUUACCAGCGGGAAACAAUCUGCCUUCAAUGUGAAAACAUGGUUGUCAUUCCCCAUGGAGAUAUGGUACUUCAUGACGAUGAGAACACAAGCGAAGGUGCCCUUGCUAAUAUAACUUGUGACGAUGGAUAUGAUUCAGACAAACCCACCAUUGAAUGCUUGAACAAUGGAAAAUGGGAAAAUGCUACAUGUCAUCCAAAAGAUUGUGGAAAUGUAUCAGCCAUAUCAAAUGGCAAGUAUGAACUGAAAGACGAGGCCAAUACAACAUUUGGUGCUAUGGCGACUGUAACAUGUGUUAAAGGAUAUGAGUCGGACACUAAUAUAAUCACAUGUUUAGAUAAUGGACAGUGGUCCGAUUCCACGUGCACUGCUAAAGAUUGUGGCAAUGUCUCUGCGUUAUCAAAUGGCAUAUAUGUGCUAGACGACGAAGGCAAUACAACAUUUGGCGCUGUUGCGAUUGUGAUAUGUGACAAAGGAUAUGAAUCUGAUAGUAAUAUCAUCAUGUGUUUAGAUGUAGGUCAGUGGUCAAACUCGUCAUGCACAGUCAAUGAUUGUGGAAACAUCUCUACUAUAUUACACGGCAAAAUUGUACUGAAAGACAAGGCCAAUACAACGUUCGGUGCCAUGGCAACUGUGAUAUGUGACAAAGGAUACGAAUCCGUCAGAAACAAUAUCACAUGUUUAGAUAACGGACAGUGGUCUAGUGCAUUAUGUUCUGCCAAAGAUUGUGGUAGUGUCUCAGCUAUAUCGAAUGGCAAGUAUGUCUUGGAAAACGAGGACAAUACAACUUUUGGUGCUAUGGCAACUGUGAUAUGUGACGAAGGAUAUGAGUCCGACAGUAACGCUAUAACGUGUUUAGAAAAUGGUCAGUGGUCGAGGGCAUUAUGCUCUGCCAAAGAUUGUGGCAUUGUCCCAACUAUAUCAAAUGGCCGAUAUACUCUGGAAGACGAGGGUGUAACAACAUUUGGUGCCAUGGCAACUGUGAUAUGUGAUGAGGGAUAUGAGUCCGACAGUAACGCUAUCACGUGUUUAGAAAAUGGUCAAUGGUCGAGUGUAAUAUGUACUGUCAAAGAUUGUGGCAUUGUCCCAACUAUAUCAAAUGGCCGAUAUAUUCUGGAAGACGAGGGUGUAACAACAUUUGGUGCCAUGGCAACUGUGACUUGUGACGAGGGAUAUGACCCCGACAAUAACACUAUCACGUGUUUAGGAAAUGGUCAGUGGUCGAGUACAUUAUGUACGAUCAAAGAUUGUGGAAAUGUACACCAAAUUGGUUUUGGUACAGUAACACUUUCAUCUAGUGUUACAACCUUUGGAGCUGUCGCUACUGUAGCUUGUGAAACUGGUUAUACCGCAUCUCUUUCCACUGUAGAAUGUCUUAGUACAGGAAAAUGGGAGGCGGCUACAUGCAAUAUUAUAGAUUGUGGAAGUUUAUACCAAAUUGAUAAUGGUACAGUGUCCCUUUCAUCGAUUUCAUCGACUGUAACAACGUAUGGGACUGUCGCUACUGUAACGUGUGAUGCUGGUUUUAAUGCGUCCCAAUUAGCUAUACAAUGUCUAAGCACAGGGAAGUGGCAAGUUGCAACAUGCAAUAAAAAAGAUUGCGGAGAGCCAGUGAUUCAGUAUGGCAGUGCUACAUUAAAAGAAGUUUCAAUAUCAACUUUUGGUUCCGCGGCAGAAAUCAAAUGUCAAGAGGGAUAUCAACCGAAGAAAACGACAAUAAAAUGUGAAGAAACAGGCUUAUGGGAAAGCAGUGCUUGCGAAUAUAUUUCAGACAAGGGGAACGGCAGUACUAUCGCAAUAGCAAUAAUUGUAUCGGCGUUGUUGAUUGUAAGCAUUGUAAUUGUUGGUCUUGUCUACAAGAAACGGCAAAAUCGGGGAAAUAUGUUUAUAGAUGGACAAAAUACUAAUAACAUUAGGAAUGACCGUGUGUAUUUCAAACCUACAGAUGCUCUAGAAGAUGAAGAAAGACAUUAUACAAAUCUAAGUUUUAAAAACAAAACAGAAAAUCCUUAUGACGAAUCUCUGGUAAAAGACGAAGGUGUCAUCGACAUGAAAAGCUUUCAAAAUACGGUAAUACCUCUCAAAGAUUUAGAUAUAAAUUUUUGUGUUACGGAUGAGGUAGAGGAACAACGUCAAGACGCGAAUAUAUCAAAUGAUGUUUGGAAGGAUGGUGAUCCUAAAGAGGACGAAAAGGUUCAAGAGCCUUGUGAAACAACUGAGGUUAAUAAGGAUGAUCCAAAUGGAGAGGUAAAGAAUCUGGAAUCCAGUGAUAAAACAAGCAAGGAAGAGAAUGAUGUGAAAGGCGAUAUGUCUAAAGGAGCAAAUGAAUCUAGUGAGAUAAGUGAACAUAAACAGGAAGAACAAAAUCAAGAGUCGAAGAAUGAAACUUGCAGUUUAAACAGAAAAAUCGAUCUAGGGGAUGAUGUGAAAGGCGAUUUGUCUAAAGGAGCAAAUGAAUCUAGUGAGAUAAGUGUAAAGAAACAGGAAGAACAUGAACAGAAACAGGACGAACAAAAUCAAGAGUCGAAGAAUGAAACUUGCAGUUUAGACAGGAAAAGCGAUCUAGGGGAUGAUGACGACGGUGAAGAGUAUUGCCCCACAAGUGAUGAAGGUGAAAUUGACGAUCCAUAAGUCAGCAGUUGGGUUAAACUCAAUAAUAAAUUAGCAAUACAGGUAACCAGAUAUUAGACAAACAAAAUAAAAAUCUGGUUAGAGGCGGGAGCAGAAUGUGCUGGGUACAAACAGAAAACAGUUGGUUAUCAUGUAUUCCGUUGAAAUGUCAAAAAUUAAGAUUUAGGAAAGACCUUAACAAAUUUAUGAAGAAAUUUGUACAAAAAGCAUGGAAAACAAUUUUAGUACCCUUUUUGAUUCAUAACUGUUACAUAUAAUUGUUUAUCUUAUUUUAUAUUUUCAUGAACUAAUUUAAAUGCUUCAUUAUUCAUGUAUGUUAUGUGAAGAAUGUUUUUAAUUCGACAUGACAGUUCCUUCUCUUAUAUGCAAUUUCUUAAACUUCUGAUGUCUGUAUAAAUGAUGUAUGAAUGGUAAAAAUGAAACAAUGUUUAAAGAUUUAAUCGCAAUUUCUAACUUUUCAACUUUGUAAAACUUUCCAACUUUAUAUUUCUUUCAGCUUACUGAUCCAAUAUAAAUUAUCUUUAUUCAUGACAAAAUGCUUUUGUUAACGCAUUCCAUGAAAACACCUCAAAAUGUAGGCUUCCGAAAGAAUUUUUGAGGAACCUAACAAUAAAUUAUUAAAGUGUUACAUACUAUAUCAUAUUAAAUUUGAUCCUCUA